AUGCUGUCCCGGAAAGGCAUCAUCCCUGAGGAGUAUGUACUGACACGGCUGGCAGAGGACCCCGCGGAGCCGCGGUACCGCGCCCGGGAGCGGAGGGCCCGCUUCGUGUCCAAGAACGGCAAUUGCAACGUAGCCCACAAGAACAUCAGGGAGCAGGGCCGAUUCCUGCAGGACGUAUUCACCACACUGGUGGACCUCAAGUGGCCACACACGCUGCUCAUCUUUACUAUGUCCUUCCUGUGCAGCUGGCUGCUCUUUGCCAUGGUCUGGUGGCUCAUCGCCUUCGCUCACGGUGACCUAGCCCCUGGCGAGGGCGCUGCCGUGCCCUGUGUCACCAGCAUCCACUCUUUUUCGUCUGCCUUCCUUUUCUCCAUUGAGGUCCAGGUGACCAUUGGUUUCGGUGGGCGCAUGGUGACUGAGGAGUGCCCGCUGGCCAUCUUGAUCCUCAUUGUGCAGAACAUCGUGGGGCUCAUGAUCAAUGCCAUCAUGCUGGGCUGCAUCUUCAUGAAGACUGCCCAGGCCCACCGGCGGGCCGAGACCCUCAUCUUCAGCAAGCAUGCUGUCAUCGCUGUGCGCCAUGGCCGUCUCUGCUUCAUGCUGCGCGUGGGGGACCUCCGCAAAAGCAUGAUCAUCAGCGCCACCAUCCACAUGCAGGUGGUGCGCAAGACCACCAGCCCCGAGGGUGAAGUGGUGCCCCUCCACCAGGUGGACAUCCCCAUGGAGAACGGUGUGGGUGGCAACAGCAUCUUCCUGGUGGCUCCUCUCAUCAUCUACCAUGUCAUCGAUGCCAACAGUCCACUCUACGACCUGGCGCCCAGUGACCUGCAUCACCAUCAAGACCUCGAGAUCAUUGUCAUUCUCGAAGGCGUGGUGGAAACCACAGGCAUCACUACCCAGGCCCGCACCUCCUACCUGGCUGACGAGAUCCUCUGGGGCCAGCGCUUUGUACCCAUUGUGGCGGAAGAGGACGGCCGCUACUCCGUGGACUACUCCAAAUUCGGCAACACCAUCAAAGUGCCGACACCACUCUGCACCGCUCGCCAGCUUGAUGAGGACCGCACCCUGCUGGACGCCGUGACCCUCGCCUCGGCCCGCGGCCCUCUGCGCAAGCGCAGUGUGGCUGUGGCCAAGGCCAAACCCAAAUUUAGCAUCUCUCCGGAUUCCCUGUCCUGA